AUGAACGCCUUCUGGGACUUUGUCGACUGGCUCCUGCCCCCGGUCCGCAUCGUCGACGACCUCACCGACCACCAGAGCGAGUACUCCCUGCGCUCUCGAACGACUCACCGCCAUCCUUCAACACGCCGGCUGGACAAGGAGCAGGGGCGAGAGCGAAGGAAGGAGAAAGAACGAGGCAAGGAGAAAGAGCGAAGCAAGGACAAGAGCUCGCGCUCCCAUGAGCCCGAGCGCGAACGCUUCCGCCAGCGCAUCCAGCACCUCGAGCGAGAGAACGAAGUGCUCCUCGAGCAGCUUCGUGGGACGCGCGAAGAGCUUUCAAAGCUCACCGCCGCGCUCCUCCCCUCCACUGCCGACCGCACACCCCAGUCCUACCCCGCUACGCCCGUCGACCCCAUCACAUUACCCCUGCCCCCUUCGCCGAACCCAGCGCAGGCACCUCUGCCGAUAUCCGCCCAACGCUCCGCCGAGGCCGCGCUCACGGACCCAAGGCGACUCCGCGUGCUGUACACGUCCCUCCGCGCGACGUACGGCGACGCUCGCCAAGUGAUCCUCUCCCAGGCCGAGGAGCUCGCGGCCCUCAAAUCCUUCCUCUCCAAGACGGACGAUUGGUCGGGCGCGCAGCUCCUGCAGGCCGUCGCGGACCUCAAUUCGGAGAUCAUCCAGCUCGCGGCCUCGAUCGCGGAGGAGUUCGCCCCGGCCCUCCGUACCGAGCCUCACGCGUCCAGCGUGGCCCGCGAGCGCGAUCGCGAGAUUGCGAGGCCCGCUCUCGGCCGCGAGAUGAUGAAGCUCCUCGAGAGCCGUGAGCACGCCUCAGACCCUACCCUCGUCCAGUUCGCCCUCCAGGCGUGGCAGGUGUGGUGUGCGGCGCGCGUCAUGGAGGCCUUCUGCUAUGGACUUCCAGCCGAGGUCGACGAAGCGUUGAAGGCCAUCUUCCAGCGGAUGCAACGUGAAGAGCCGCAACCGACGACUUCGCGCUGGCGCGCUCUGACCUACAAGCACGCCCGCUCAUUCCUCUCUGAGCCCCGCAACACGUCGGAGCCAAACACACCUGAAGACGUAUCCUCUCCCUUCCAUUCCGCCCCGGCCUCCAUCAUCGCCUCCCACGCACUCCCCCCUCCCCUAGUUUCGCUCACGGAGGCCAACCUCCGUGGCGUCCUCGCCAUCCUCGCCCUCUCCGGCUGCACCGACUCGCGCGGCCUGCACCGCGACCCCCUCCGCGCGCGCUUCGGCAGUGCGCUGGCCCGCAUCAGCGCGCGCGCGGAACGGAUCUCGACCGUCAUGAAGGAAGGCGUUCUCAGCGGCCUCUUCGAGAUCGUCUGGCUGCACCCGUGCCAGUCGCCGAAGCGACCGCCGCAGGCCGCCAGCUCGCCGCCGCCGCCGCCGCCGCCCGCGACCGUGCCGGUCGCCCACGGCACGCCGACCGGGAAGGGCAAGGAGCGCGAGUGGGCGCGGGCGGUGCAGCGCGCGACGAGCAGCGACGCGGACGGGAGCGAGCUCGCGCCGAUCGGCGCCGAGGACGAGAGGUUGUUCGAGUGGGAGGUGAUGGAGAACGUGUACGCGGGCCACUGCAACGAGCGCUGCCGCGUGCUGUGCACCGUCGAGCUCGGGCUCGCGUUCUCGCGCCGCGUGCCGGAGGAGGAGCGUGACGCUGCGGACGGCGCACCUCCGGACGGCGUCGUGGGCGAAAGGGACGCGGCGGCGGCUGGGCGGCCGGUCGGGAUGGGCGGGGUCGGGAUGAACGGGGUGAGGAGGAACCUGAGCGUGAGCAGCGCGGGUGGGGAGGCGGGAGGGCAGGACGGGAGCACGAUGGUGCGGAACCUGCUUCUUAAGCCGAAGGUGCUCCUCGAGAGCGUGGUGGACAUUCUGUGA